GCGCGGGGCCACCCUGCCCGAGCCGGCGGGCGCUGUGUCCCGCCCGGCGAGUUGGCAGUUGGCGACCCCCCUCGACUCCCCCGCCGCCGCGGGCUCCCCGUGGCCUUCGGAGGCUCGGCGAGUCGCUCCAAAUGUUUGCCAUAUUUGUUCAGCCUCCGUAACUCGCCGAGCAGGGCCAGCGCGGCCCGCCCCGCGCCGCCCUCGCCGUCGCCCCCGCAGCCGCCAUGGGCAGGGAGCGGCCGGGCCGCGGCGCGCGGAGCCAGGGGGGACCGCCGGCCGCCGACGCCGCGGGGCCCGAGGACAUGGGGCCGAAGAGGGGCGCGGGGGCCCCCAAGGAGUGCGGGGAGGAGGAGGCCCGGACGUGCUGCGGCUGCCGGUUCCCGCUGCUGCUCGCGCUGCUGCAGCUGGCGCUGGGCGUCGCCGUGACCGUGGUGGGCUUUCUCAUGGCCGGCAUCAGCUCCUCCCUGCUAGUCAGAGACACUCCAUUUUGGGCUGGGAUCAUUGUCUGCUUAGUGGCCUAUCUUGGUUUGUUUAUGCUUUGUGUCUCCUAUCAAGUUGACGAACGGACAUGUAUCCAGUUUGCCAUGAAACUCUUGUACUUUCUGCUGAGCGCCCUUGGCCUGACGGUCUGUGUGCUGGCCGUGGCGUUCGCCGCUCACCACUAUGCACAGCUCACACAGUUUACCUGUGGAACCACGCUCGACGCCUGCCAGUGCAAACUGCCCUCCUCCGAGCCCCUCAGCAGGACCUUUGUAUACCGGGAUGUGACUGACUGUACCAGCAUCACUGGCACUUUCAAACUGUUCUUACUCAUCCAGAUGAUUCUGAACUUGGUCUGCGGCCUUGUGUGCUUGUUGGCCUGCUUUGUGAUGUGGAAACACAGGUACCAGGUCUUUUACGUGGGUGUCAGGGUGUGUUCCCUGACAACUUCCGAAGGUCAGCAGCCAAAGGUCUAACAUUCUUGCUCUCAGAUGGGAGAGAAAACAGCACCCUGACUAGCUGAGAUUUUUUUAAAAAGGAAAAAAAGGGAAAGAAAAAAUGAAAUUUGACCAUAACUAAUAUUCACUGUUCUAAAUGAAUAUUUUUAUAUUUUUCAGGAAAUGAAAGAGCAUUUCUUCAGGUUUCCAUAGUAUUUUUUUUUUUUAAUUCUUAAGAUCUAAACUGACUUUGGGAUAUUAAAAGAACACGGUACAGGGAAAGAACGGUAUAGCUCUGUCUUUAAAGUCUGGAGUCUAUUCCUAAUACUCAUUUUAUCUAUUACUGAUAUAAUCUUCUUUCCUGUUAGUCCAGUUUGAUUUGGACAGUUUCAGACCCACUUGCUAAAUUUUGUAGGAUCUUCCUUCAGGCCUUUCCCCCCUCCCGCCGUGAUCCGCACUACGACUCAGAGAAAGGCAGGGGGCAGGAGGAGGGGGAGAGCUGAACAGCCAGAGUGUCUUUCUCUAUUUUCCCAGGUAGAGAUGUCUUCAAGGCAUGAAACAGCUUAAAAGAGCAGAGUAGAAAAGGAAGAGACUUUGCAAAAGGCUAAAUAAUUACAAACACCUGGGUUGAGGCCCCUGGCCUUUUUCCUCUGCUCCCUUAUUUUGGAUCUGUAAAUAGAUCACUUAGUGAAUGCUUUGGGUGAUUGUCUGCUUCUCAGUAAUUGAAAGCUGGUGGUAGUUGUAUUCUUAAUGAUAUGGAAGGUUUAAAAAUAAUUACAUUAUGCUUCUAUUCUGUUAUCUAAAACAAAUCAUUAAAACUAAUUUCUAGCUAAUUGUUAAUUAUAAUUAUGCUCAGAAGUCUAUUUAAUGAGCCCUGGCUGUACUUACAUGGCACUGUCGGUAUUUGGAGAAAUUACUCUCACAAGAGAGAAGGCUUAAAGAUUCUUUCUUCUGAAAGCCAAGCUUUACAAGGGAGAAAAAAAAAAUUUUUUUUUUAAUUAAUAGCUCAGGUUAAAAAUACUCAUUUAAAUGAAAACAAGAACAUUUGUAAUGGGAAAUGUUUAUACAAUUAGCACAUUUGUGAUAUGUUGUAAAGUAUCUCUCUUGGCAGCUAAGUACUUUUGACGAAGAUUGAGUAAUGCUGAAGUGUCCCAUUCAUGAAAUUAUAUUUGAUAUGUAAUCUUAUUAUUGAUUUGUAUGCACAGUCAACUAGAGCCUUAAACUAAUGUUUUCUGAGGUCCUUAUUUGAACAUUUGGCCGUUGACUUGGAGGGUAGUUUUUGGUUUUGUUUUGAAGUGACUGCAACUUAAAAGAGCACAGCUACCCUAUGGUGGGAGACUUUUCUCUCUAGUUAUUGUUAUCAUUGAAUUUGGAACAAUAUCAAUGUUUUAAGGAAGGAGCUCAGAAUGCAAAUUCGUGUAGCAUAAAUGUUACCAAAAACUUUCUCUAUUAGUAUGCACUGUUGAAAGCAGAAAUUCAAGAUAAUUGAGCUUAAUUUGCUUCUCCACAUUGCCUAUUGAUAUAUUUUACUAAUCAUUAAAUCCUACUCUAAAAAAAUCAUGUCCUUGUUUGCCUUAAGAGGUAUAUGAAUAAUUCCAUCGGUUGUGACAAUAGUGU